AAUCGAUCAGCACAGCGGAGUUGCAGAGAAAAGCCAAAGCUUCAGUACAUUGUUGACGAAGCUCCUAGAAAUGGCAAAGACCGACGAGCCGGUUUUAGGAAUCCCCUACCAGGCUCCGAUGCCCCAGCAAUUUGAUCGUCAGCAACAUUUCUACUACAUCGGACCGAACCCCUACCAAGCCGGAGCGAUUCCUCCCAACGCCAUCGUCGGCGAUCCCAAGGGGAUUCCGAUUCAGCAGACGAUUUACAGAGACACUCCGGCUCCUUUCAACUGCACCCUGUGCGGCAACUCCGGCCUCACCACGAUCAGAUCAAAACCAAGCCUAGCUGCUGCUGUUGGUUGUAUGAUGCCAUUGAUGCUUGGGUUUUGCUUUCUUUGUCCUUCUAUGGACUGUCUCUGGCAUAAAUAUCACUAUUGCCCAAGCUGCAAUGAGAAGGUUGCUGAUUUUGAGAAAUCUGAUCCUUGCGCAGUAGUGGAUGUGCCACACUGGACACAACCAAGCUUUGCAUUGCCUGCAUAGCGCGAUAAGUGCUUAAUAUGCAUCAGCAUUACAUGUACGUCGUUUUUGUUCAUUUGUAUAUGUUUCUUUUUUCUGUGUUAUAACCUAGUGAAAUGUGUUUUAUCCUUAUGAGAAGCUGUAUGGGCCCAUAAAUUGCAUGCAAAACACUUAAGAAGAGUUUAUAUAUCAUGUAGCUUGCUUGGCUCUUUGGAACUAGAAAAUGAAUCACGCAAGGUUGUUUCCUCA